AUGGUCUACGCUAGUACAGAAGCAUGUGCACUGUACGCCGACCUCCUACCGCUACAGUCUAAAGCAAAGCCGCCGCGUUUGACCGCAAAUAAACAAACAAAUACGCAAACCGUACACUAUCAUGUACGCUUUGGUUACUCUGAUGGUAAAGGUGUUCAACCACAGAGUGUACAAACAACAUUCACUUCACUCGACGAA